AUGGAAAAAUUCCUUCCUAUCCCUGCUAAGACCCUUGUUCCUAACAAUGACUUCGCGAUACCACAAUUCAAUCAACCUGUGUACAAGACUCCGAUCCAAAUACCUCUACCCGUGCAAUACAUCUCACCAGAAUUAGCCCGAACGAAGAUUCGAUCAUUGGCCACAUACAUUUUGGGCUGCUGGGAAUCCCUGAAAAGCGUUUUUGGUCAGCAUGGACAAAUGAUCCAAACCCGCUGGGUCGAGAUGUCUAUCCCCCAACGCAAGGCUAUAUUAACCAAGGUCUGGCCUAAAAUACCAAUUGUACAUCGCCCCGACCUCGCAGCUUGGAGACUUGAGCACAUCAGCCCAACUCCAGCCGACUCUACAGAUCACUGCCCAUAUAUGUGGCCCCAUCUCAACCUCGAAGACCUUUCUCAGCCUACGCCGCUCUUGCUGAUGCUCAAUUCGAGGACAGAGCAUCCACCACACACCUUUGUAUAUAUGGAUGUCACAAAAAGUACGUUUGGCCACCGCUAUAGACGCCUCACGUUCGAAUCAGUUCACAAUCACUUUAUGGUGUUCAAGGAUCGCGAAACGGCUGAGACUUACGGUCAACUCUACAGCAAUGAUGACCCCGAUGGCAUCGCAGAAAUAGCAGUAUAUCAAUAUAUCUAUACUCCCGAAAACGGACUCAGGGCUAUGGAAAUUCAAUUAUGUAUUUAUUGCCUUCUUGACGACGUUUGCCGGGAAAUUAUGUGCGCUGUUCCAGCAGAAGAUGUUCCAGAAAAAGAUGUCGUGGGAAGUUACUUGCCAUAUCAACCUGCACCUGAGGUGAUUUUAAACCAGAUGGACUCUGACGAGGUUGAAAGCCUUGCCGUUGCGUCGUUAGAAGCUUUAUAUGGAGCACCAUCCCACCUUAAUCUUAAUCGUAUGGAGGCGCUUGUCAAGGCAAAGCUAUCGAGCGCAGAGAACCACCUCUGGGCCUUGAGAGAGAACCCGGUAUUUACCGAUAACGCAAAAGACGUAUUCUGGGGGCGAGUCUUCAGCACCAUCAUCUGCAGCGCCUUCUUGGAAGUUGACAUCCUUCAUGAGCUAAGCCAUAAGAUCAUCCAUCUAAGCCUACUUGCAGACAUGUUUCAGGUCACGUUUGCCCCCCAGGAGGAGAUACAACAAGAGCUCAUGGGUCCAUUUUGGGAGCUUCAGUAUAUAGUACGUUUCUGCGCAAGCGGAAUUCUAGGGAGUGGAUUUCUCAGGGAAGCCAUUUGUAGUUCACCCGCCACACGAAUGUUUUACCGUUUCAACAAACUGGGUGCCAAGGCAGAUGUUACGCUCUGUCCCGAAGUUCAUCGGACUGAAGCCGAAGAUUAUCUGGUCUGGCUUUUGACUCACCUCUCGGACAACAUUCAUCAUUGGGACUUCGGCGGCAGGACUAUCUCGGUCGAGCUUGAACUAUUCCUCAAGAACAACCCCGCAAUGUACCAAUAUGUAAGUCCUUGGAUAAACCGCCAUGUGUCGCUCAUUGGUCUCCUUGGGGAAUUUUUGGGUCAGCUUGAGGAUGUUCAUCCCAACGAUUUAGCUUAUGCGUCUUAUUUCACUGAGCACAGUGCGAGGCUUACGCAUGCUUUUUUUGAAGAACACCAACCCAUGUACGCGUUGCUAUGUAUGAGCGAUGUGGAAUGGACCGUAUUGGCCAAUCGUUUCCUGUGGUUUACGGAGGAAAGGUUCGAGUACCCUUUUGAGCAGCCUCCCACCAUAGAAACGGUCGACAAAAUGAGGCAAGCAGAGCUGUACAUGGACACGUUCUGGGAAUCACUAAUCGACCAUUUAGAGAACAUCAGUCCCAAGUGGAAUGGCCUCCCAUUACGGGUGCAGCAUCUUUUUCGAAGCCGCAGACUACGGAGGACUAAGCCGUGGAAGAACAUGACAUCUCCCAUGGCAAUAGAAUCAUCUUCAAUAUCAUCAGGCUCCUCGUCAUCUGAUAAAAAUCCUACCUUUCGUGUCGAUGAGCGCUCUCUCAAGGUGUUCCACACUCUGCUCUACGAGGGACGCGAUCUUUCCCGACUAGAGAGCAUAGGCUGGGACGACUUCGUCUACGCCAUGAAGUUCAUGGGCUUCGCCGUCGAAAAAUUAUUUGGGUCGUCGUGGUUCUUCAGGCCCACCGAAGAGGUAUUGUGGCGACCCGAAGACAUCAUGGUCGAGGAAGUGCCAAGCGUGAAUGGCAAGAUGGUGCUCGUGGGGGCUAGAGUGCUUGGGGAUCACCUCAAGGCCCGUUUCGGAUGGGAGCGCAGUAUGUUCGUGCUGGCUGUCCCCGAAUCCGAGGCAAGCACUUCUCAGGUAAAUGUUAGUGGAGCGUGAUGAUGGGAUUUGUUUCACUUGGCUUAUUGAGGCUACCUGUUCUGUUCUACUCUUCAUGCAUAAUCAGAAGUAGGUAUAAUGUUUUCGGGAGGUGGAUGACGAGUGCAGAUGGCACUCUUCGGUCUUUCCACCAUCCCCCAGUUUAGAAAGUUUACAUAGAAGUUGCUCUGCAUGCCCUAUAUCAAGGCAUGAGUUUUUUUUUUUUACAU